GACACGAAGAAGAGUGAGAAACGGAAAUUACGGCGGCCGAUGUUCCCUAACGAUGCUAGAUAAACAAACAAAAUCAAUACAUUUUAAGACAUAAACCUCGGAUUCUGAGCUAAUUCCGACACGUAUCUAUGUAUAGACAUGUAUACCAGGAACAACGUUUCCCCGUGAAUCCCUAGUAAGUGAGGCAAAGAAGGGCUAGCAAUAUUCUCGCUAAGUUAGCAGUGAGGCUAUGCAGCUGGACGCGGUUAGCUCGUCAUGUUUAUUUUAGUGCUGGGUCGAAGGAGCACGACAUGAUGGCAUGAAACCGUCGCAGUGUUAGCAAGUAGCCAUCCUCUCACUAAAAGAUUGGAAACGUGUCGUAAGCUGUAAACAUAAGCGCACUCCCGAGAGACCUGCUGAUCGUCACCAUGGCGUGGGCUCUGAAGUUGCCGCUCACGGAUGAAGUGAUCGAGUCCGGACUGGUGCAGGACUUCGAUGCCAGUCUGUCGGGCAUUGGCCAGGAGCUCGGUGCUGGGGCAUACAGCAUGAGCGAUGUGCUCGCCCUCCCCAUCUUCAAACAGGAGGAGUCCAACCUGCCUCCAGACAACGAGAACAAGAUCCUUCCCUUUCAGUAUGUUCUGUGUGCAGCUACUUCGCCAGCUGUUAAACUGCAUGAUGAAACACUCACCUACCUCAACCAAGGGCAGUCCUAUGAAAUUAGAAUGCUUGACAAUCGGAAAAUUGGAGAACUCCCGGAAAUCAACGAUAAAAUGGCAAAGAGCAUCAUCCGUGUGGUGUUUCAUGACAGACGGCUUCAGUACACCGAGCACCAGCAGCUGGAGGGCUGGCGCUGGAACAGGCCCGGGGAUCGCAUCCUGGACCUGGAUAUCCCCAUGUCCGUCGGCAUAAUCGACCCCCGGGCUAACCCUACUCAACUUAACACUGUGGAGUUCCUUUGGGACCCUUCAAAAAGAACCUCCGUUUUUAUCCAGGUACACUGCAUUAGCACAGAAUUUACCAUGCGCAAGCACGGAGGGGAAAAGGGUGUCCCUUUCCGAAUCCAGAUAGACACUUUUAAAGAGAAUGAGAAUGAAGAGUACACAGAGCACCUGCACUCGGCCUCCUGCCAGUUCAAAGUCUUCAAGCCCAAAGGUGCAGACAGAAAGCAGAAGACUGACAGGGAGAAGAUGGAGAAGAGGACGCCGCAGGAAAAGGAGAAGUAUCAGCCCUCCUACGAAACCACCAUCCUGACUGAGUGCUGUCCCUGGCCUGAGGUCACGUACGUCGGCAACUCCCCAUCGCCUGGCUUCAACAGCACACCCAAUAGCUUCCCCGUGCCAGAAGGAAACGGAUCACCAAACCAUCAGCCUGAGCCGGUCGUUCAGGUGGCAGAUAAUUUGUUACCCACAGCAACACCACAAGACGCACAACAGUGGCUUUUAAGAAACCGCUUCUCCCCCUACUGCCGGCUCUUCACCAACUUCUCAGGGGCAGAUCUGUUGAAGCUGACCAGGGAGGACGUCAUUCAGAUCUGUGGACCAGCAGACGGUAUAAGACUCUUCAAUGCGCUGAAGGGACGGGUGGUGCGCCCGAGGCUGACCAUCUACGUUUGCCAGGAGUCUCAGCAGCCGAGGGAGCAGCAACCGAAACACGAAAAUGGAGAUGCUGCCGCGAACACCUUCUUUGUAUAUCACGCCAUUUACCUGGAGGAGCUCACAGCUGCUGAGCUGACAGAGAAGCUUGCUCAGCUCUUCAACAUCUCACCCAGGCAAAUAAAUCAGAUCUUCAAACAGGGUCCCACAGGCAUCCACGUGCUGGUCAGUGACGAGAUGAUUCAGAACUACCAGGAUGAAGUAUGUUUUGUUUUGGACACAAUGAAAGAUGACACAAAUGACGGCUACCACAUCAUCUUGAAGUGAAUUCCGCGCGGGAGAAUAGCGUCGUUUUCUUCUUUUAGACUCGAUCCAGUCAGCCCCCGUAGAGCUUCAUAUUCUUCCUGGAAUAUGUGGAGGCGCCCGCCAGUACCGUCUUGAGGCUGCGAGGACGAUUAAGAGACUGACGCACCCGGCCCUCUCCUUACUCUACCUUAUUGUCUUACGUUUGAGGUAGUGACCGUCACCAUUGUGUCCCUUAAGUGGUUGCAUUCUCCUUGGUUGCUCUUGUCUGGUGAAGGAGGCCUACGGCUGCGGCCCCUGUUUGUUUGUUUGUUAGCUGAGCAUCUGGUCUACCAAAGCUAUGCGCUUCAGAAACAUUUUGUCCUCUCUUUGAACACCAAAUAUGCAAAGAAAGUAAUAAUCGCAGCGGACAAAAAAAAAAGAAAGACGGUUACUCUGACAGUACUUGUUCAGCUGUCAAUACGGUCUGAUUUCUGCUCCUGUUUUGGCCCAUUGAAGCCAGUCUGAGGAGAAACACGGUAUGGCAAACACAAUCGCACAGCCCCAUCAAAGCACCACGAGAGGCCUCAAAUCGGGUUUGUUGGUAUCCAGCUGUCCUCAAUUACAUCUGUGAUUCCUUUUAAAAAAGGGAAUAAUGUUGGUCUUUCACUGGAUUGCAAUGUCACUUUUGAGGAAGGAAAUGCUUCUUUCUUUUUUCCAGACUCCCAAACACGGUUAAAUCCUUGUAGUUUUGGUGUAGAGCUCAUUCUGGCACUGGCAGUUGGUACCGAUGAUGAUGAUGAUGAAGCAGUGGCUGUGUGUGUGAUCUCAGUGGCUACACCUCCUCCAUGUGUUUUUAUUAUGUAUGUAUUAUGUAAAUAGGUCACUAUUUUAAAAGAAAUUGUUUCAUAUGGAAUCAAGUGUUUCUUUGGUAGGUUGAGAAAACAACACGCUUAACAUUAUUGUUUUUGGAUAUCACCACAGCAAAGUACUAAUUUGUGUAAUCGGUCACAUCAGUCUGCAUGUGAAAAGAUAUGGUUAGUUUAUGUUCAGUCAGUCCAUUGUCCUGCUUGACAUUUUAGACCCGGUGUUCUCAGCAUUAUUAAAAUGCGUACCUGUGAACUGGCCA